AAUUUUCAAAUUUUCAAUUCCAUCGAAACCUUUAUUUAAACAUCGCCGGUCACUCAAUUGAUUUUUGCAAAAAAAAUAUGGCUGAAGCAGAAUUUACAGACAGUUGUAGACCACGUUCACAACAAAAAAUAGCGCUUUUUCAUGAUAUCAAGGGAGAAGAUGACGACUGUAAAAUCGAUUCUUCCUUGGAUGAUACCAGUGAUCUUGCUAGUGCAGACGGAAUUAGUGAAACCGCUAGCUCAAGCGCAACAAGUGACGCCACCAUCGCCAACCCGUCGAAUGAAGUGGGAGCAUCCGUCUAUCUAAGGCUGCGUCCAGUAGAUUGUCCGACUUCAACGUUUGCUAUUUCUAAGGAAGGAAAUGUUUUGAUUUGCUCCCCACCUCAUGAAGCAACAAAUUUAAAUAAGAAUUCGACGGAGAAGCACUACAGUUUUACAGAUAUACUCGAUUCACACGUUAGUCAAUAUGAAUUGUAUAAAAAGUGUAUUGGGCAGAAAAUAAUCGCGGAAGAAAGUUGUACCGUUCUAAUGUACGGAAUUGCAGGAUCAGGCAAAACGUUUACAUUACUUGGCGAUGACCAUCGUCCUGGCAUAAUACCUCGCUCCCUUGAAAAUCUAUUUUCCUUAUAUGAAGGUCAAAUAUAUCCGAAUCCUUCCGCUAAACUUAUCAAUGGGCAAAUAACAAUUUUGGAAGAUAGUGCGACUGGUAAAGAAAAUUUAAUACGGAAGAAGAUAUUGGCACAAAGCUUAGAGCUUGAAAGCCAGCACAAAAGUAUCCAACAGUGUAUAUGGAACGAGCAUCGUUUCCCGAAAGGCCCCAUUGACGAUGCUCACGUAUUAAUUUGGGUAACCUUCGUCGAAAUUUAUAAUGAACAAGUUCAUGAUCUAUUAGAUAGCGAUGCUCCUAAAUAUGGUGUGCAGCCAAAUGCUUCUAAGAAAAAUUUGAAAAUAAUUUGCAAUGACGGCCGCGUGUUUAUUAAGUCGGCAACAUCGAUCUAUGUAAAAAAUAGCUUGGAAGCAUUGAAAUUAUUGCGUUAUGGUCAGAAAAAGUUGACAUAUGCAUCAACUUUAAUAAAUGCGAACUCCAGUCGAUCCCAUUGCAUCUUUCUAUUGGAUGUAUUAAAAUAUUAUAUAGGCGUCAUUAAGAGGAUUUCAUAUAAAUUUUGUGACUUGGCCAGUUCUGAAAGACUGGAUAAAACGGGAAAUGUUGGCUCUCGACUUAAAGAAGCUCAACGCAUAAAUACAUCACUUAUGGUUUUAGGGCGUUGCCUGGACGCAGCCAGUGCAGCUGGUAACAAGGCCGAACGUGUACCUUUUCGUGAAUCAAAACUUACAAUGUUAUUACAAACGGCACUCCAAGGUAGAGAAAAGUUAACAAUGGUAGUCAAUUUAACACCUUUGGAUAAAUACUAUGAAGAAAAUUGCAACGUGUUAAACUUCGCCUCAAUCGCUAGAAAUGUAAUAUUCAAAUCAUCAAUAGCAUUCAAAAAUCGUAGACGAUGUUCGAAUUUCUCGGGAAACACCCGCUUUGAUAUAGAGGAAAACGAUAAAGCGAAAGACGAAGAUUUGGCGGAAGAAAAUGCACGGUAAGUUGAUGACAAGGAGGUAUUACGUGCCCAACAUUCUGAAGAAAUGGAAAAGCAGGAGUAUACGUUGAGGAAUAAAUUAGUAGAUUGGUUUAAAGUUACUUUGGCCGAAACCAAAAAGCAAAAUGAAAAACGUUUACAGAUUGAAUUAAGUUGCCAAGCGCAAAUUUACGAAAUGAAGAUUGCUUCACUUACUACAAAAUAUAAGGCAGAGAUUGAAGAUCUAGAGGAAGAAUUGGAACGCCAAGAGUAA